AUGGACGCGGCAAAACAACCUCCAGACAUCGACCUGCGAGUUCUACGAAACGCAGAUGGAUCUGCUAGAUAUACAGCGCCGAACGGCCUCAACUCGGUCUCUGUCGGAGUCAAUUAUCCUGUUGAAGUGCCAUACCGCUCGGACGAGAUACCCGAAUCAACACUGAUCGAAGUGAACUUACGUCCCGUGAACGGUACAGCCAUGGUCAAGGAGCGACAUGUCGAGCAUCUGGUGAAACGAACACUGCAAACGAUCACCCGACUGGAGGCUGCUCCACGAAUGAUGUUGCAAGUCACACUCCAAGUCACUGGCACAGAGAUUGACGAAACCCUACCAGGAGGCAUGAAAGAAGGCGGCCAAGACGAAACAUACCUUCCUGUACUUGCUUCUGCCAUCAACGCCGCAGUCGUAGGAUGUCUGAACGCUGGGGUGCAGAUGCGUCAGGUAGCCGCAGCCGUGCUGAUAGGCAUCGGCAGAGACGGCACGUGCCUAGUGAGUCCCAGGGUUCAGGAGAGAAAGUCGUGCCGGAGUCUGCAUGUGUUCGCGGUAGAUGGAACAGGAGGUGUGAUACUCAUCGAGAGUGAGGGAGCAUUCAAGAUGACAGACUUGUCCCGUGGCCUGGAAUGGGCUCGGCUAUUGGUCCUUGGAAGUGACACUGGUGAUACAGGUUUGCUGUCGCUGCUACGGCGGAAGAUAGAAGAGAUAGCGGAAGGCUAA